AUUCUCCAGCGCGCGACCCGCAUGAAUGUAGGGACAUUCCAUAUAUAAUCCACCCAAGACUUUUUCUUAUUUAUGCUAAAUGAAUUAUACCAAUAUACAAUACCCGACUACAACUAUAUAAACUCAUUCUCUCAGAAUCCACAAGGUGUUAUGCAUCGUUAUGAUUAAAGAUUAUUUAGUCACGGAGGAAGAGCUAGAGCUGAUCACAAGGUCAAUGGAAGUCAACACCAACCAAGAAGCACAGCACUACCAAAACCACAGUGAAAAUAAUAAUGAUAUACUUUAUAAUACUGAUGGUGAUGUUGAUGGGUUGUGCAUGAAGGUCAUGACAGAUGAGCAGAUUGAAGUUUUGAGGAAGCAGAUCUCUGCUUAUGCUACUCUGUCUCAGCAGCUUGCUGAGAUGCAUAGGUUUUUUUCUGCUCAACAGGAUCUUACUGCUGGCCUCGGAGGUUUAUACUGUGAUCCGUUAAUGACAUAUGGUGGCAGCAAGAUCACGACAAGGCACAGAUGGACUCCAACACCAGUGCAACUUCAAAAACUUGAGCGCGUGUUUGAGGAAGGCAUUGGAACUCCUAGCAAGCAGAAGAUAAAAGAGUUAACUGCCGAGCUAUCACAACAUGGUCCCAUUUCUGAAACAAAUGUAUAUAAUUGGUUUCAGAACAGGAGAGCCAGAUCAAAGAGAAAGCAAUUUGCUGAGGCACCAAACAACCCAGAACCAGAAUUCGAAGCAGAAAGCGAAUCAUCAGAGAAAACCAUUGCUAAGGAUGCUUAUAGCCAAGAUCCUGGUUCACACAGCUUGGAUACUCAGCCAGGAAAAGGAAAGUCAAGUUUUACAUCAGGUCACAACACAAAACCUUAUAGCAGUCAUGGAAGCAACUAGUUGACGGGUGAAACAGAACAAUCAAGAAGUUUAGUUCUAGUGAGGUGGGUAAAUCCGACAUUGGUGAAUGACGCAGCAGCUAUCUUAUUGUUUGAUUCAUCACAUAUACAAUAAACUUAGAGGUUAUUAUGAAACCAUGAUAAAUAAUGGGGAGUCAUGUGGAAAUGUGUAUUCACUCUCCAAGUAAUAUCCGAUUAUUAGAAUAUCCAAUUACUCAUUGUGUAUUUGCUGGUUAAUAUGGGUGUUAUUGUUGCUUUCAUUUGUAUAAUCUUUAGAGUA